UCUCCGCCGCAGCUUGCCAAGCCACUCGGUGCCUACUGCGACAAGACUAGUCACUGCUGCGCUUGCGUUUGCGACCGACUAGGCAAGCAAGGCAGGCAAGGCAGACUCGGCAUCGGCAUUGACAUUGACAAGCAAGCACCACAGUCCACAUUGCACUUGCUCAGUCUUCCUCUCCGUGUCUAUCUGCAGCAGCAAUCCUCCACCCGCUCAUCGGCCACUAGUUGCCGCCCACUCGCACACGCUCCUUGAUUCGGCAGCACUUUAACACGCACGCGCCAACGCCUCGCCGCCUUGCCUACCUACAGCCGCGGCAUACAAACGAAACGUCGUCGUUCCCAAAUCGAUCCAGCGCACUAUCGUCCCACCCCACCGCCGAUCGAUCGCGCCAGCCCAGCCCCGACCUGGUAACAUCCCGCCAGCCGUUGUUCGGGUCGUACGAGCCAACGCCAACGGCCAUCGACCAUCGACGUCGUCCACGACGGCCACCACCACCCAAUACCACGCGCAGCACGCAUCCUCUUGCUCGUCUGUGCAUGUCGCCACGCCCUCGAGCCUUUGCACAACAACAAGCCAAACACCGUUCUCGAUUCGCAUAGCGCUAGCCGCCUGCACUACCCACUACACUCUGCACAGCCUACGCGCGUCGUCUCCGCCCGCCAGCCGCCGGUCGUGCCCGGGUCCGUGAUCGCCUCGAUUUCGUUCUUGAUAUAGACGGACGGUGAUUUGCACCGCUCUCGUCUCUAGGGCACUCGUCGCUGCUACUGCUACUGCAUCGCCGGUUGGCCUCCUCUUCGGCGCGCCGCACGACGACCUACAUACCUCGGGGCCGAGCCCUAUCACCGCACCCCGGUCGCCGCUGCCGCCGCCUGUACGUCAUACAAUCCGACGCACCGCUGUCGUACGCGACCUUGUCCGCCGCCCUCUGCGUGACGCUGCAAAAACCCUUUCGCCUCUGUGCACCUACACACACACCUACACGUACACGCACCCCACCUGCUGCCGUGUUGUUGGUUGUAACCUGCACACCUUGACAUUGCGCACGGUGCUUGCGACGAGAUCGAGUUUUGGCUCUUCGCAGCAACCACGCUUCAACGGCCGCCGGUCCGCCCCUCGCCGCCCCCACCCGUCUGCGUGCCCGGAUUGACGCCACGACACGCCGCCACGCGCCUUUGCGAGCACUGUUGUCGAUCCGCUCGCUCCCGGUCGCGCGCGCGCGAGCACUCUCUCCUUGUCUCGUUUGAUCCGGCAGCUCCUGCUUCCCCCCUUUUGCCUCGGGCCACGACGCAACGCCGGCAUCGUCCCACACUUGCACGAUGCCAGGCCUAUUCUCAAGCGUCCCAAUCUUGUCAAGCCUCCCAAACCCUCUCAACUUUUUCUCCACCGAUGACAACAACCCCCCGUCACCAAGACAGCAACAAUCUGCAAUGAGCUCGCCGACUGCAGAAGCUGGACCAGGUCCAAACUCGCGCUCCAACCCCAUCCUUCUCCGCACAACCGUCGACCUCUCGGCACCCGCUGUCACGAGUCCCCUCGCUGGCAGCCCGCUACCAGCACCCGUCUUGCGGACCGAAGCUCCUUCGAGCGGCUCGUCCAACGCGUCAUCGUUGCGGGGCCGACCAAGUCCUGGACGCAAGGGCAGCUCGGCCAUCAUCAUCACCGACCCCGAAGGCGCUGAUUCAGAUACACCUCGGGCUGUCUCAAAGGCUGGCGGAAGGCGCAGAGGCCUGAGCUCGGCCAGUCGAGUGUCGGGCGCGCCGAGUGCUGGAUCCGGCGUCGACCGCGAGCGUGAAACGCGUGGCAGGAGGAGAAAGUUUGAGACAUUCGUCCUCGUCAAGCCUCCACCAACGUCGGCAAAGAACCCCCUCAACCUCCAGGUCCAGCUCGUUGUGCCAGCCAAGCCAUCACGGCCACGGGGCGGCUCCGAGGCGGUGCGGUCAGUGACGCCAGCGCCGGGCGACCUUCCACCAUCAGCUGUCCGUGCGUCGAUAGACAUCGACCCGGUGGGCAUGGUCCCGUCAACAAGCAUGACUGGAUCUGAUGCCUCGGACUCUCCAUUGCCAACUGUCGGGGAGAGCUCAGGCCUCAAGCGCUCGGGUUCGAUCAAGUCAAACCACUCGACCAAUUCGUCUGCGACAAGUCAGAGCUCGGCGGCCGUCGUGUUGCCGGGAUCCUCCAACAAGCGCAUCAUCCCCCUCUACAACCUCGCCGUGCACAAUGUCAUGCAGCCGACAACGGUCACGGACGCGGGCACCGACUCCAAGGUGGCCAAGUUUGGCAAGCGCACACUCGACAUUGCCGGUGUUGGCAUUCUCGAGCCUUCAGAGGUGUGGUACCCGCUAGUGGGCCACGUCGGCGGCUCACCACGGCCGUCCUUUGAGGCUUCGAGCACCAACAGCGGGCGCCUCCCGCGUCCCGCCUCCAUGAUCUCCAACAUGUCCAUGCUCACGCCCGCGGGCAGCCGCCUCGACGUGGACGUCAAGGACGUGCGCCGGUCAAGCACCGAUGUGCGGCCAACCGUCGCGGCUCGUGAGGAAGCAGGCGGCGAGGCAAAGAAGUUCUUUGGCAAGCUGUUCAAGAAGAAGUCCACUGCGGACCAGCUCGCCGUCGUCAAUGAGAAGCAGAACCGCCGGGCAUCCAAGGUGUUCUCCAACACCAUCUCGUCGUCCAAGUCGUCACCCUUUCUGUCUGUCGAUGCCGCGCCGCUUCCGCGCGAUACGUCGGCGCCGAGUUCGCCUCAGGUGCCCACUGUCCACUUCAAUGGUGAAAGCUCCCAGCUUGCCUCUGCGACGUUUGGCCUCGCCCCAUGUGUUGUCACCAGGCAAAAGGUGGAGACGUAUCUCGACCGCUCUGGCGCUAUCAUUGGGCUAGUGUCCGACGUUCCGGCUAUCGACAAUGACGACGUCGUCUCGCUCUUCCGCUCGGCGCGCCCCGUGGGUUACACCUGGACGGUUCGCAAGUGGGCCAAGAAGAACACGGAGGGGUGGGCGGCACACAUUGUCGCCGCUGCGGCCGCAGGCCUGGACCUGAACGCUGGUGCACUCCCCGGCGAUGGCGCCGACGAAGUCGUGUUCGAGUGGGUCAAGCUGCGACUGAGCCCCUUGACCGAGUCGGCUGCGGCGGCGUUGAAGCUUCACCCGGCUGCGGAAGGGAUCUCGGCCAGCAGUGCCCGGCGGCCUCUCCGCCCCCGACCCCGCAGGCUAUCAACCCUGCCUGCGCCCAUGCCACCUGGAGCGCGUCUCGACAGCCCCAGCGGCUCACCGCGUGGUUCCAAGACGUCUCUGAUCCUGCCAGCUGGCCGCGCGCGCAGUAGCACCGUUGGGCAGUCGCAGACGCCCAGCACGCUCGGCAUUGACCCCUCGGCUAUUCACGCCCGCCCCGCAGAUGUCCACCGCGGCUCGCCAUCGCCAAGCAGAUCACGUACGCCGCGCCCCGGCAGCACGAUAAACUCUGCGCUGCCAUCUGAGAACGGUGACGCGCUAUCGUCUGGCUCUGGCUCCAACGACUUUGACGACGGGUACGAGUCCGACCCCGAGGACAGCGAGACGCCGUGGGCGUGCUCGGUCUGGGUCAAGCGUACGGGCCAGCGCCAGCUGCUCGCGACGCUGACGCCGGCGCCUCACCACCCCAAGGUGAUUGGUGUGCUCAAGAUCCCAAGCGGGCUCAAGGCGAUCUCGCUCGCGGCGCUCGGCCCGUCGGUCAACAAUGACAUUGCGUCGCGCAUCCGCGAGGAGGUUGCCCUGACAGAGGAGAACCUCAAGGACGUUGUCAACGUCACGGCCAUGUGGCUGGUCGCGAGGGAGGAGUUUGGAGGGCUGGGAGCGACGAGCAAGAAGAAGAAGGAGGGGGCGAAGCCGAAGGCGUAGGCGGCGACGCAAAGCUGGGCGUAGCCCAGCGGAGCGGAGCGAGCUCGCCUGCCGGCACCAUCCACUGUCCACUGUCCACUGUCACCGCACACCGCACACAAGUCACUUUCACACGCACAUUAGACCUGUAUCAUAACCUUCAUGUUCCGAUCCACACAGUGGUAGCCUUGGGCUUUUAUGGCAGACUAUUGCAU